UUGUUGGGAGCGGCAGCUUUCACGGUCUCUGAGAUUUCAGAAUGACUACCAUCUUGACUUCCACUUUUAAAAACCUUUCUACUACAUCAAAAUGGGCCCUCAGAUUUUCUAUAAGACCUCUGAGCUGUUCCCAGUUACAAUCUGCCCCAGCUGUCCAGACCAAGUCAAAGAAGAACUUAGCAAAACCCAAUAUGAAGAAUAUCGUGGUGGUGGAAGGUGUCCGCAUUCCAUUUCUGCUGUCAGGCAUUUCCUAUAAAGACCUAAUGCCACAUGACUUGGCUAGAGCUGUACUUUUGGGUUUGUUGCAUUGGUCCAAUGUUCCAAGGGAUGUUGUUGAUUAUAUCAUCUUUGGUACAGUUAUUCAAGAAGUAAAAACAAGCAAUGUGGCUAGAGAGGCUGCCCUUGGAGCUGGCUUCUCUGACAAGACUCCCGCUCACACUGUCACCAUGGCUUGUAUCUCUUCAAAAGCUAUGACUACAGCUGUUGGUCUGAUAGCUUCUGGCCAGUGUGACGUCGUUGUGGCUGGUUGUGUUGAGUUAAUGUCUAAUGUCCCUAUUCGUCAUUCAAGAAAAAUGAGGAAAAUGAUGCUUGACCUCAACAAAGCCAAGAAUCUGGGCCAGCGCCUGUCCUUGCUCUCUAAAUUCAGAUUGAAUUUCUCAUCUCCUGAGCUCCCCGCAGUGGCUGAGUUCUCCACUAAUGAGACCAUGGGCCACUCUGCAGACCGACUGGGUGCUGCCUUUGCUGUUUCUAGAAUGGAACAGCAUGAAUAUGCACUGCGUUUUCAUAGUCUGGCCAAGAAGACACAGGAUGAAGGACAUCUUCCUGAUAUUGUACCCUUCAAAGUACCAGAAAAGGACACAGUUACCAAAGAUAAUGGAAUCUGUCCUUCCUCACUGGAGCAAAUGGCCAAACUAAAACCUGUGUUCAUCAAACCCUAUGGGACAGUGACAGCUGCAAAUUCUUCCUUGCUGAGUAAUGGGGCUUCUGCGAUGCUGAUCAUGUCAGAGGAAAAAGCUCUGGCCAUGGGUUAUAAGGCAAAGGAUCCAAAAGAUCAGCUUUUACUUGGAUCAACAUAUGCUACUCCAAAAGUUCUAGAAAAGGCAGGAUUAACCCUGAACUAUAUUGAUGCUUUUGAAUUUCAUGAAGCCUUCUCAGGUCAGAUUUUGGCUAACUUUAAAGCCAUGGAUUCUGACUGGUUUGCACAAAACUACAUGGGCAGGAAAAUUAAGGUCGGAUCACCUCUGUUGGAGAAGUUUAAUAUCUGGGGUGGAUCACUGUCUCUGGGACACCCUUUUGGAGCCACAGGCUGUCGGUUGGUCAUGGCAGCCACCAACAGACUGAGGAAGGACAGAGGCCAGUAUGCUUUAGUGGCUGCCUGUGCAGCUGGAGGACAGGGUCAUGCUAUGAUAGGGGAAGCUUAUCUAAAGCGAUUGCUCUAA